GAAGUCGACCAGGAAUACAUUCAUGUUCCCUGAGCUCCAGGAAAAAACAACCCAAGCAUCCCAAUGUUAAAAAAGGUUUUACUAAAAAAAUACUAUUUUCGAACUCUUUUACACAAGAGGAGUACUCACAGACCAAUAAUAAGAAAAAAAUUAUACAAAAACUAUACGAUAUAGCCCAAUCUUACUGUUAUGAGUCGAGAAUGAGUACCACAGAAGACAACGGAAGCAAGUGCUCUUCGGCCCCGAUUUCCACCUUCACUAUUCAGUCGAUAUUGGGCAAGUCGUCGGAGAAGCCACGGUCCGGGGCGAAGGAGAGUUCCAAGGGACUGCAGCUGGCGAGGACGCGCUUGCUCUCGGUUUCUUCGGAAGAGGAGUGCAGCGGUGGGGAGGACUCUGCAGACUGUUUCUGCUCGGAUCCUGGUCACAGAGAGCCAUGCAACCAACAUCAACCACUUAAUUUUUCAUGUUUAGGUGCAACCAAGGGACUUAUUUCAGGCCAAAACGGGAUUGCACGGCGACCGCACUUGACACAGCCUCUGCUGCAGGAUUACAAAGAGGAACAAGAGAGACCAUGCAAUCCAAUGUCACCUAUUUCAGAGGAGAGACAGACAGACGGUGCGGACAAGCAGACUAACUCGUCCAAGAAGAAGACUCGUACCGUCUUCUCGCGGAGUCAGGUGUAUCAGCUCGAGUCUACAUUUGAUAUGAAGAGGUAUUUGAGCAGCUCCGAGCGAGCCUGCUUGGCAUCAAGUCUACAGCUAACAGAAACUCAAGUGAAGACGUGGUUUCAGAACCGCAGAAACAAAUGGAAACGACAACUGUCGGCGGAACUGGAGGCUGCGAACAUGGCACACGCAUCCGCACAGACACUGGUCGGAAUGCCGCUUGUUUUUAGAGAUAACUCCCUGCUCCGGGUACCAGUUCCAAGAUCUAUUGCUUUUCCAACGCCACUAUACUAUCCCGGCAGCAGCCUACAAGGGUUACCACUGUACAAUCUGUAUAACAAGAUUGAAUAUUGACUAAAUGCCUGUGAUGACAGUCCAAAAUAAUAACACGUUAACACGCGACAGUACUUUCUUAUAAAUGUCUGCCAAACUCAUGUCUAUUAUAUAACUUUAUUUGUUGAAAAAAAAUAUGUCUUAUUAUGCAGCAACUGUAUGUUUUAACAAGAAAGCAACAAGCUUCUCUAAAUGUAUAAAAUACACCACGUGUAUAAUAAUUAUUUUCAACCUUGAUUUUGCGUUCUUCUCCCUGGUUUAACGCGUUAUACAUUGCAAGAAUUUAGACACUGAAAUACAGAUGUUAUCAAGUGGACUGUUUCCCAAACGAAUUAUGAAUGCAUUCAAACACAGUUUUAAAUGUAAUGUGAAUGUGAAUAUGAAAUAUUGAGGUCCAACCACCUUAAUCUGUUAAAAAAUACUGGAAGAAAUUGGGUUUAUACAUUUGGGGAUAUGGAAGUGCAAACUCGUUGCUUCGAUUUUGGGGAAAUGUUAUUGUAAUCAUAGGCCCACCAAAUAAACUGCUAAUUCAAUACAUUUUCUAUAUCAGUGAAACAUGGGUUGGGAUUUAUUGUACAUUGCCCGUUUUUAAUAUUUAUUUCGACAUCUCAAUUGUGGCAUUCAAUCCAGUUUUUGAAAAACAGGAAAGGAAAAACGAAUUUCAUAUGUACAAUAUAAAAUAGCUUACGUAUUUAAAAUAUUCACACUGCAGCUCAAAGAUUAUUAAAGAAAAAUCUAUAUUUGUUAUUUUUCUGUGUAACUUUCUGCCAUGGAAG